GUCUCCUUUACUCUGCUGGAAGGAGGGACAACCACAUUCCCAUAAUAGACCUCUGGAGCUCAAACUUUGGCCAAGGCUUCUGCCAAGCAAUGAUGAAUGAGGGGAGAUUCAAUUUCAUCAUGAGAGCACUAAGAUAGCUGAUGACUCGCCCACAUUAAUCCAAAACCAUGCAGCGUUGCUUGCUUUCCCGCACUUGCAUCCUGUGCUCAAGGACACCUUCCUUUGUGUCCAGGAGAGACUCCCGGGCUAAGCACACCAAUUUCAUUACCCGGCAUGAUGGCCAGAGUCGCCACCCACAAGGGGUUUUGCUCCCUGUACCACUAAGGUCACACAUGUAUCGAAGUAGGUUUGGCACAAGCUCUAGGCAGGACAACGAUGACAAGAACAGCAAGAUGGACUUCUCCAAGGAUCCAGAAGUAAAGAAGUGGCUCAGUGAGUUGCAGAGUGACUUUGCAGAAGAACUGGGAAAAUCCAGAGAGGAGUGUAAUGAUGGGAAAGAGGAGUAUGAAGGAAACAACAAGAAUGACAGGAAUCAUCUUACAAAAUCGUCGGAUAUGGACAAACACGCUGCUAAUUCAAAUACAGAAUCGGAAUUGGCAGCUAUAAAUCCCUGGACCAAGUUCACCACACAGAAGUAUGAGACGUUCAGCACGGACAAAACGCAUAUAAUCUACGACUAUGACGAAGAGCAGAGACGGCUAGCAGAAGGGAUAGUGGAAGAAGAAACAAAAGUAGAGGAGCUAGUUCUGGAAAGAGGUAGAACGGGUGUGUUCGACAUUGAAGAAUUAGUGGAUUUCUUAAGAGAGGAAAAUGCCAGGGAUAUUGUCGUUAUUCAGGUGCCCCCAGAAAUGAGGUAUGUGGGUUACAUGGUCGUGGUCACUAGCCUGUCCCAGCGGCACAUCAAUGCCCUUGCAGAAACAAUCCGCCGCAUUUACAAGAAGAAGAAGAACAGAAAAGACCCAUCACUCAUAUGUGAAGGGAAGUCAACAAAUUGGAUGGCAUUGGAUAUGGGUAACAUUGCACUGCACAUCAUGAAACCAGACAUCAGAGAAGAAUAUGACUUAGAGACUUUGUGGACGGUUGGUGUGCAGUUUGACGACAAAUGCCAAGAGGUUGAUGAAAAUCCGAUGGAUCUGUUUAAUGCGAUGGAACAUUUUACAAACACAGGGGAUUCUUCAGAGAAGUUCAUUAGGCCUUAAUAUUGUGAUGUGAACUGAGGAAGAUGGCUUGUGUGGGGAAACAAAUAUAACAAUUUGCUUAAUUUAAGUGUGCAUUAUAUGAUAUUAAAAUAAUCAUACUGGAU